CCCUCGCUGUAAAGUCAUUUUAAAUUCACAGAGGAAUUUAAAACUGAAAAACUUCAAUGGAUGAAACUUGUCUCAUGUAAUGAGAGCCAUACUCAUCGCAGAAUAAUAAAUGACAGCUGUCCAGUGAGUAUUGUACCAGUCCUCAAGAAGACAUGGCUCCUACAGAAUCGAAAGUUGAGAAGAACAAUGUCUUCCCAAUAGAUAAGAGUUAUUUAUACUUUACUCUCAACGUUUUGAGCUGUCUUGGUAUAUGGAAUCCAUUCAUGGAGAAGGGACGCAAGUACUGGCUCUAUCAGGCCUACACAAUCUACUACGUAGCUGUAAUAAUGAUCUUGAGAAUAAUAACGGUAUUGGUGCGAGCCCUUCACACGACAAAUUCAACAGAAUUUUCGCAAGAGUUCUCAUUAUUAGUUGUGCUAAUUUGUGAUGCCGCUAAAGGCCUGACUUUUGUAUUUCAUCGGUCGGAUGUAUUGGAAAUUCUUAGCAUAUUCAAUUGGGAGAGGCACAUCUUAGGAACUGAACAAGUCAGAUACUAUAGGAAUAAAGUACUGACAAUGUCGAUGAUGGCGUCAAAGACAUUCACCAUUGCUGUGGCAAUUACUCUCACCCAGUACUUCAUAUUUUACUUCUAUGUGAUUUGGAAAUAUUCGGAUUAUGAGAUUGGCAAAUUGCCGAUCGGUUCACCACCUUUGAAAUAUUGUUUCAUACUCACUAAUUAUUGGGUAGCCAUAAGCAUUGAUUUCGUAAUAUUCACGUCACUGGGAUUGAACGCCGUUUGUCAUGAUGCUUUUAUUAUGGGGGUCUUGAUAAAUCUGAUGGGACAGCUGAAGAUACUGAAUUUCCGGGUGGAAAAGAGCUCCAUGACGAGCUUCGUCAAGAGUACUGCUGACGAAAUUGCCGACAAUUCCAACGUCACUCAGUUUGAAUGCGUUGAGAGGGAGUGCAGUGAUGAGUCAGCAAGGCUUGAUCCAAAUGAAGAGCUCAUCAACUGCAUCAGACAUCAUCAGAAAAUUUUAAAAAUAUUGGAGAUAUUUAAACAUAUUUACAACAAAGUACUUCUACCUCAGUUAUCAAUCAGUUUGCUAUUGAUUAUUGUUUGUGGAUUACAAAUGAUUCUAAUCAAAGAAGGUGGGAGCCUCGAUGGUACACUGGUGGCCUUGGGAUUCAUGCUGUCAGCCGUUCUCCAACUUUUCGCGUUCUGUUGGGGCGGCAACAUCAUCCUCGUGGAGAGUGACAAAACAAGUUUUGCCAUUUACUCAUCCCAAUGGUACGAUCGGGACAUGUUAUAUCGAAGUAAUAUUAAAAUAUUUCUCAGUCUCGUGAGAAACCCCCUGAUCGUCAGUGCUGGUGGACUUUUUGACCUCUCAGCUGUGACUUUCAAAAAUAUUUUAGCCAAAGCUUACUCAGGAGUUGCAGUGCUACAAAAUAUGGAGGAUUAAUAAUAUUGACUUUAAAUCGUUAUAGUUAGAUUGUAGAUAUCUCGACAUCAAACAGAGCUGACGUGUUAAAUGUGAAGAACUUCAAUUUACGAACUGCAGUUUUCAAAUUGGAUCCUUGUUUAACAACAAUAAAUGACGAUUGGUAGAACAUAGAAGAAUGCAAUACAAAAUGGGAAAGUUUCACUGUUGUUUCACUCAAAUCAGUACUAGUCCUCCUCCUCCUCCUCCUCACACAUUUGUGAAUAACAACAAAUGAUUUACAGAAUUUUCGAUGGACAUCCAAAAGACCUCUCUCAAAUUUCCAAUCACCUUGCUUAAUUAAUCCUUCGAGUGUUUAGUUGUUUA